AUGCUGAGGGACUUGGACAUAGAUUCCUUGACCAACCAUCUGGCAUCCGUAUCAUGGGACAAUAAGCAGCGCCACGGCAACCUCCAGGAUCUGCUUAAUCGCUUCAAGGACCUGUUGGAUAACUACAAUUCUCUGAAGAGUGACUACGAGGAGGUGAAAGAAGGACGAGAGAAAUACAAGAAGCAGGCGCAGGGCCAGGAGAGAAAUCCUUUUGUUCUGGUUCUGGUCGAUGGUGAUGGUUACCUUUUUAAGGAGCACUACUUCAAAUCUGGCAGCGAAGGCGGAACCAACGCAGCGCGUGAACUAACUGACUCGGUCCGAGAGCUGAUGCAUUCGACCUUGGGAGCUCAGGCUGACCAGUGCCGCAUCAUGGUACGCGUAUACGCAAACGUGCUCGGGUUGUCGAAGACCCUAGCUCGAGCUGGGCUCGUUGGCUAUGAGGCUCGCUCGCUGUCGCCAUUCACUUCUGCCUUCACGCGCGCUCAGGACCUGUUUGAUUUCGUUGAUGCUGCGGAAGAGAAGGAAAGAUGUGACUUCAAAAUAAGGGAGAUGUUCCGACUGUUUAUCGACCUCAAUCAGUGCCGCCACAUCUACUUUGCAGCCUGCCAUGACUCUGGAUACAGCUCCUUAUUGACUCCGUAUAAGGGCAGAACUGGCCGUAUCACCCUCCUCAAGGCUGCCUCGUUUCAUCGGGACUUCGAAUCUUUGGGUAUCCCCAUCAAAGAACUACCCUCCGUGUUCAUGUCCACACCUCUAAUCAGCAACAAGCCUACUGGUGCUGUCAAUAGUAAAUCAACACCCCAAGUCUCAACCUCGACUGCUCCUGUUCGUUCGUCGCUGGCGCCUGCGGCGAGUUCUGCUCUGAUCUUUGGUCGGCCGCAGCGGAACGCUGGCUAG